AUGGGCCUUCUCCACGUCUCCGCACAGCCGCUGCCGGUAGAGGUAACGCAGCCCCCCCCGCUGCUGCUGCAGCGGAGUCAGGGGCGCUGCAGCAGCAGCAGCAGCAGCAGCAGCAGCAGCAGCAGCAGCAGCAGCGGCAGCAGGAUGAGUUGGACGGGCGCAGCAGCAGCAGAACUACACACCCGCAGCGAGGCACGCACGCUGCAGCAGCACCCCCAACCCCAAACCCAAACCCUAAACCCCAAACCCUAA